GCUCGGUGGGGAAGGCACACUCGCCGAAAAACAGUCCCAACAUUUUCGGGGAGACCUGGUAGUCCUUACCCAGACCUGGUCGUGAAAAAAAAAAAUGACGCAAGUGGAACCGGACAACGGCAAAGAAAAAGAGAAGGAAAAGGAAAAGGAGCAACGCGGGGUGAAGCGGCCGAUCGUCCCCGCCGCCAUCCCAGAGUCCGUACUCGAGCCGAUCCAGAGCAACUUCAUUGUGGUUAUUCACCCUGGAUCAUCCACUCUGAGGAUUGGCCGAGCUGCUGAUACACUCCCUAUUGGUGUACCUCACAUCAUCGCCCGAAGACAUAAACAACAAGGACAGCCUCGAUAUGAGGACCCAUGGCUUCAAAGGGAUGGUCUCAAUAAACCUGAGAGUAAUGAGCAAAGACUGAAUGGCCUUAAAAUGGUGGAUCAAGCAAUAUGGUCCAAAAAGAUGUCAAAUGGUGCAAGACGGAUACCAGCUCCACCAGAUCAGGUCAGGGCGUAUAACAAACAGAUGAGACCAGCUGUCUUGGAUGCUAAUUCUGGGGUCAAAUGGACAAACACAUCACAUCAACCCGAAUUUCUUGUAGGUGAAGAGGCAUUGUACGUAAAUCCAACAGAUUACUACAAUAUACAUUGGCCAAUUCGCAGAGGUCAGUUUAACCUUCAUUCAGGACCUGGAGGUUCUCUCACUGCAGUACUGGCUGAUCUGGAAACUAUAUGGACGUACGCUAUUCAGAAAUUUCUAGAAAUUCCACGUAAAGAUUUAAAGUAUUACAGAUGUAUCCUACUAAUCCCAGAUAUCUACAACAGACAGCAUGUUAAAGAAAUGGUCAACCUACUGCUGAACAAUAUAGGGUUCUCAGGUGUUAUUGUCCAUCAGGAAUCUAUCUGUGCUACUUUUGGAAGCGGGUUAAGUAGUGCCUGUGUGGUGGAUGUAGGGGAACAGAAGACCAGUGUGUGUUGUGUAGAAGAUGGAGUUUCACAUCGAAAUACCAGACUCCGUUUAACAUAUGGAGGAUCUGAUGUGACCAGAUGUUUCUUCUGGCUUAUGCAGCGAUCCGGUUUUCCAUACCGAGAAUGUCAAGUUUUCAAUCGAAUAGAUGCUCUUCUUCUUCAGCAGCUUAAAGAGACCUUUUGCCAUCUUGACCAGGAUAUCUCUGGAAUUCAAGAUCAUGAAUUCAAGGUCCGUCACCCAGAUUCUCCAGCUUUAUUAUACCAGCUGAAAUUAGGAGAUGAAAAGCUACAGGCACCGAUGGCCUUGUUUUAUCCUGCGACGUUUGGAAUUGUGGGACAGAAGAUCACUGCCUUGCAACACAGAUCUCAAGGUGAUUCAGAAGAUCCACAUGAUGAACAUUAUUUAGUAGCAACCCAGAGCAAACAGGAACAGGCUGCUAAAGCUAUAGCUGAGAGAAAAGCACUAGCCAAGUAUGCUGGGUUUGAAGCAGAAUCGGGUGCACCAAAUUCUGACAGUGCAGAAAAAAGUCAUCCUCAUGAGCUGGAACUUGGAACUUCUCAACACGAUUGCUUAUUGGCAGCAAACGAUUCAGAGGAUCUGCCAUCAGCUCUAAUGGCAAGGAAAACUAGCAUGUCACAAUUUGAAGGAAAGGCGUUGGGACUUGAUAAAUCCAUAUUACAUAGCAUUGAUUGCUGCGGUUCUGAUGAAACAAAAAAGAAAAUGUACAGCUCUAUUUUGGUGGUCGGCGGUGGUCUGAUGUUUCACGGGGCUCAGGAGUUUUUGCAGCACAGAAUUUUGAAUAAGAUGCCACCAUCAUUUCGAAGAAUUGUAGAGAAUGUUGAAGUCAUCACAAGACCUAAGGACAUGGAUCCACGCCUAAUAGCAUGGAAAGGUGGCGCGGUUCUGGCUUGUCUAGAUACAACCCAAGAGCUCUGGAUACACCAGCGAGAGUGGCAGCGGUUUGGAGUGCGUAUGCUACGAGAGAGAGCGCCAUUUGUAUGGUGAACUACUUACAUUGAACUUUACGGAUUAAUUAAAAUAAUUACCGAUGGUUGAUUUUCAGGAAGCAUGGACAUAUACCGGAGGUAAUCCAAAUCUCAGAUUAUGUUAAUAAUGAGCAGUUAAUGUACAAAGAUUUUGUCUUUAUUAUAAAUAAAAUUUUGCUACCUCAAAUAACUUACAUUUUACGAUGUGUAAGGCUUAUGGUAAACAAUUUACAGAUUAUUUUUGUCUGCUGUUACUGUGUAGAAAUGUAGAUCACUGUUUCCUGUUUCAUUUAGCCAUUUAAUUUGGCUCUGGUAAGUGAGAGAAUUCCUUCCUGCGAGUAAAAGUAUAACAGUUGUGCUUUGUUUAGAGUUUCACGUCUGAUCCACUUGUGUCUUUGCUGGCAGACUUGCGAGUUGCUUGAACAGAAGUCUAAGGCAUUAGUGUUGCACUUGUAGCUGUCAAUUCAGUUUUGUUUUAUAUAAUUAUAUCUCCAUGCAAGAGCACAUUGAAAGAUUUAUGUUGGUUACAGAACAAGUGUUCUGAUUACAUUUAGUUGCAGGAAUGAGUAAGUAUCUAGUAGAUCACAUUCAAUGUAAAUUAAUGCAGUAUUCUUCUAUCUUCUUAACCCUGACCAAUUCUGUCUGUAGUCUGAAUAUCCAUCCAUCUGCUGCUCAAGUUUAGACCUGAUCUUAUGCUUGUAUAACCAUAUAACAAUCACAGCACGGAAACAGACCAUCUCGGCCCUUCUAGUCUGUCCCGAACUCUUACUCUCACCUAGUCCCACCGACCUGCACUCAGCACUCAUUCCUUUCCUGUCCGUAUAUCUAUCCAAUUUAACUUUAAACAACAACAUCGAACCUGCCUCAACCACUUCUGCUGGAAGCUCGUUCCACACAGCUACCACUCUCUGAGUAAAGAAGUUCCCCCUUAUGUUACCCCUAAACUUUUGUCCUUUAACUCUCAACUCAUGUCCUCGUGUUUGAAUCUUCCCCACUCUCAAUGGAAAAAGCCUAUUCACGUCAACUCUAUCAAUCCCCCUCAUAAUUUUAAACACCUCUAUCAAGUCCCCCCUCAACCUUCUACGCUCCAAAGAAUAAAGACCUAACUUGUUCAACCUUUCUCUAUAACUUAGGAGAUGAAACCCAGGCAACAUUUUAGUAAACCUCCUCUGUACUCUCUCAAUUUUAUUGACAUCUUUCCUAUAAUUCGGUGAAUCAGAACUGUACACAAUACUCCAAAUUUGGCCUUACCAAUGCCCUAUACAAUUUCAACAUUACAUCCCAACUCCUAUACUCAAUGCUCUGAUUAAUAAAGGCCAGCAUUCCAGCUUUCUUCACCACCCUAUCCACAUGAGAUUCCACCUUCAGGGAACUAUGCACCAUUAUUCCUAGAUCCCUCUGUUCUACAGCAUUCUUCAAUGCCCUACCAUUUACCAUGUAUGUCCUAUUUUGAUUAGUCCUACCAAAAUGUAGCACCUCACAUUUUUCAGCAUUAAACUCCAUCUGCCAUCUUUCAGCCCACUCUCCUAACUGUCCUAAAUCUCUCUGCAAGCUUUGAAAACCUACUUCAUCAUCCACAACGCCACCUAUCUUAGUAUCAUCUGCAUACUUACUAAUCCAAUUUACCACCCCAUCAUCCAGAUCAUUAAUAUAUAUGACAAACAACAUUGAACCCAGUACAGAUCCCUGAGGCACACCACUACACACUGUCCUCCAAUCUGACACACAGUUAUCCACCACUACUCUCUGGCUUCUCCCAUCUAGCCACUGCUGAAUCCAUUUUACUACUCAGAUAUUAAUGCCUAAUGAUUGAACCUUCCUAACUAACCUUCUGUGUGGAACCUUGUCAAAGGCCUUACUGAAGUCCAUAUAGACAACAUCCACCGCUUUACCCUCAUCAACUUUCUUAGUAACCUCAUCAAAAAAUUCAAUAAGAUUCGUCAAACAUGACCUUCCAUGCACAAAUCCAUGUUGACUGUUCCUAAUCAGACCCUGUCUAUCCAGAUAAUUAUAUAUACCAUCUCUAAGAAUACUUUCCAUCAAUUUACCCACCACUGACGUCAAACUCACAGGCCGAUAAUUGCCAGGUUUACUCUUUGCUCCUCCAGUUCUCGGUCCCCAUUAGGUGGUCUAUAAUACACCCCUAUAAGUGUCACAACACCUUUCCUAUUCCUCAAUUCCACCCAAAUAGCCUCCCUAGACGAGUCCACUAAUCUAUCCUGGUUGCAGCCAAACAAAAAACUUUUUUGCGUUUAGUGCACUGACACAGCCAGCACUGUCUGUUCAAUAAUUUUAACUUAUUUUCCUCAUUUAAAAACAAAUAUUUUACAAUUCUUCCUGCAGCAUGAGUACACUCUCAUUUUUUCACAUUACUCUCUGUAAGUUGCCUUCUGGAUCACUUGCUUAACGUUUCAGCUUCUUUACAGCUCACUUGCCCAAAUUUCU